AAAAAGACUAGGAUGGCCGCUCUUAGGUUUCUCUCUGAUACAAAGCUUUGAAGUACAGUGGCCGCAGUGCAGCCAAUAAAAUUCGUAAAGGUGAGCGAUUCUCAGCUCCAGGUUGUACAAAUUCUCCGGGUUUGGUGAAAAGGUUAUCCUGACGCAACUACGAUGCUGGCACGGCGGUUUCUGUGCGGGAGGCGAUUGUGGCACGCCUCGUGCGUCUGCACGCCCGUUCGGCACGCGCAAAGUCAACACAUCGAUCAGGUUGCGGUGGAUACGAUUAACCUCGAAACCCGGCUACCGGAACACAUCAGAAAGCAAUCUCAACGGCAGCCGUUUGCCAAGAAUCUCUUCCUCGCAACGUUUGAUCACGAAUUCAUGUACUUUCCCGAACCGCAGACAAAGGUCAGGCAUCAGAGUUUCUUCGAAUGGCUUCAGCCCAUCGAGAAAUAUGUGUCAGAGUGUAUAGAGGAUCCGGAAGGCGUCCGGAAAGAGGACGUUUUGACUCACUUGAGGGAGCUGGGCGUUUUUCGGGCUUGCGUGGAAGAAAAGUAUCUUGGUCUAGGUCUCAAUCACACGGAAUCGGCUAAGCUUAUAGAGGUGCUCAGUUGUCUCCCCUGGCUCGGAUGCUACAUGGUUAAGAAUCACAUCAUGCCAAUUCAUAUCAUCUCCAUGUUGGCCUCGGAAGAACAGAAAGCCAAGUAUCUGCCUAAGAUUGCGAUCGGAGAAAUCAUUCCCACGAUAUGCUACACCGAACCUGAAAAUGGAGUAAACACACAUAAUAUCAAUUGUAUAGCUUCUUCGUUGACCUCCGAUGUAUAUUGGGACCUCAACGGUACGAAAUCGUUUGUAGCCAACGGGCAUGACGCUAAUCUCUUUCUCGUCUUCUCGCGCUGUGGCCAUCCCGACGCGAUCAGCAGUGCGCAGAGUCUACUCUCUAUAUUUUUGGUAGAGCGAGACUUUGGUGGUAUCACAAGUGAGGGUGCUAAGAAUAUGGUCGGACUCCAGAAUAGUCCUGUCUGUACUGUUACUUUUAAGGAUACCAAAAUUCCAAAGGAAAAUCUCUUAGGCAAUCUACAAUCUGGAACAAACGUACUAAUAGACUUUCUUGCUCCUGGAAAUAGAAAUAUUGCUCCACAAGCAGUUGGUAUCCUGAAGACAUUUGUCAAGUUAUUGACAAGGCAUAUACUGCAGCGGAAGCAUCUGGACAAGAAUAUGUAUGAGUACGAGAGUGUUAAAGAGGUGAUAGGUAAAAUAGCAAGUACUCUCUAUGGUAUGGAAAGUAUGUUGUACUAUACAACUGGCAUAAUGGAUGGGUUUGAGAAUCAGGAUUGUGAACUUGAAAAAGCUAUGAUGGAGAUGUACUGCGCUAGCGAGAGCGUUACUCGUAUUUAUGAGGGACUGCAACUCGUUGGAGCUAACAGUUACCUGAGGGAGAAUCCUUUCAUACAGCUCUUCGAAGAUGCAUUAUCGCAUACAUUGUUUGAUAGUUGUAAUAUCGAUACUAACACAUACAUAGCUCUAAUUGGUUUACGACAUAUGGGUCAAAAUAUGAGUCGUCAUAUAUUCAAACUACGGAAUCCAUUUAAUUUUCCUGGGUACAUAUUAAAGUGGAUGGCGGGUAAGGAAUAUCGAAUAGAUCUUAGAAUCGCUGACCAUCUACAUCCAUCUUUAGUAUUAGGUGGCAAAGAAUUGGAAAAAUGUAUCACCAAGUUACAGAACACCUCGAUGCUGAUACUAGAUCGUCACGGCACGGAAGUGGUUAAUCAACAAAUGGAACUACGUCGAAUUGGCGAAUUAGCAACAAGAACGUUUGCGCUAAUAGCUGUCCUUUCGCGCGCUUCUAGGGCAUAUUGCAUCGGUUUGAGAAAUAACGAUUAUGACCGACAUAUGGCCAACAGUUUCGCCGUUUCCUCUAUAGAUAAAGUUCAAAUACUCGUCGACGAACUAAUCUCAGGAGAGUGGAACAACGGUGACAAGUUCAAUAAAGACAUUGCCGAUCUCAUGUUCAGCAAAAAGUGUUCCUAA